UCAGGACCCGCGCCGUCUCCUUGUUUCUUGGGGUCGUGGCCUUGCUCCCGCUAGGCAAGGGAAGAGUCCUGGUUCCUGCACGCGCGUGUGAACGCGCGGGCUCUGAAGUUCUCGUGGGUCCGCGCUAGGGCUCUGCAAGAACAGAAGAAGGAGCCAUGGGCGGGACCGCUAGCACCCGCCGGGUCACCUUCGAGGCGGACGAAAAUGAGAACAUCACUGUGGUGAAGGGCAUCCGGCUUUCGGAGAAUGUGAUCGAUCGAAUGAAGGAAUCUUCUUCUGGUUCGAAGGCUCAGCGGUAUUCUGGUAUUUAUGGUGCUUCAGUUUCAGAUGAAGAAUUGAAAAGAAGAGUAGCUGAGGAGUUGGCAUUGGAACAAGCGAAAAAGGAAUCUGAAAAUCAGAAGCGAGUAAAGCAAGCCAAGGACCUGGAGCGAGAGAGGGCUGCAGCUAAUGAUCAGUUAACCAGGGCUAUCCUUCGAGAAAGGAUAUCGAGUGAGGAGGAACGCUCAAAGGCAAAACUCCUGGCUAGGCAGCUGGAAGAGAAAGACCGGAUAAUAAAGAAGCAGGAUGCAUUCUACAAAGAGCAGCUGGCUAGACUGGAGGAGAGGAGCUCAGAGUUCUACAAAGUCACCACCGAGCAAUAUCAGAAAGCUGCUGAAGAGGUAGAAGCGAAGUUCAAGCGCUAUGAGUAUCACCCAGUCUGUGCUGAUCUUCAGGCCAAGAUCCUCCAGUGUUACCGCCAGAACACCCAACAGACCCUCAGCUGCUCUGCUCUGGCUAGCCAGUACAUGCUCUGUGUCAACCAUGCCAAACAGAGCAUGCUGGAGAAGGGAGGAUAAAAUCAACUUUCAGAACAUGCACAACUCCCUCAACAUUAAUUCCAGAGGUGGAACAUUUUUUUUUCCUAAUAAGAAAAUAACCCAAUGAAAGAGAAGACCAUUAAAGAGAAGCACCAGAAAAUGGAUUCAACAAAAUAAUAUCAUGUUUUGAUCACCAACAGUUUGAAAAAGCCAAAGCCUAGAUCAGGGAUCAGUCAUCAGAGGACACUGUGAAGUAUUAAUAAACCCAAUUUAUGAUGAAUGAAAGAGGAGAGCACCUCUUCACCUUUUUGUACUUUCUAUUUAACUUCUACUGACCAUAAAAUGUUUCUCCUCACACCAAAUCCUGCCACUGUUGGAUCUCUUCUCUUGCAAAGCUGGGAGGGAACAGGGAGGCCAAACUAAUUGAAAUGGUGAGAGGAGAGAGCAAGAAAACACAGAGUUGAGACAAUCUGCUGGGUAGAAUGAUCUAGGCUGUGGCUUGUUGGUGUUUUCUCUUCUUUGAUUAUGUAAAAGCUAUUUCAUUUUAACUUAUGAUGAUCAUGCAAGUAAGAAGACAAAAAGGAGAGAAAGUGUGCCUCUUUUACUGGAAUAAUGUUUAUGAUUACAAGUGAAGUAAGGCAUUUUUAUCAAUAUAAAGGCAACCUUGGCUUAUUCAACCUCUAUCAUGUACUGACACCUUCACUUGCUAUCAAUAAUAAAUAUAUUUU